AUGGCUUCAAUCUAUCACCCGGAUUACGUCGGAAAGCAAUGGCAGGUCUAUAUGAUCUAUGCGUUGAUCACUAUUGCAACUUGUGUUUUCAUCGUGUUGCUUCCCAAGUGGAUCCCCACCGCGGAAAAGACCUUCUUGAUGGUGUCCCUCGUUGGUAUGGUUGCUGCAUUUAUCACGGUUCUUGCAGCCAGCGAUAUCAAACAACCAGCCAAGGUGUUUUCGCAGUGGAGUAACAGCACCGGGUGGCCAGAUGGGCUGGCUUUCCUCCUCGCAACAGGUCAAGCAAUGUACGGCUUUCUGGGUCUCGACGGAGCCACACACAUGGCUGAAGAACUCCCCAACCCUGGACGCAACGUUCCGAGAAUCCUCAUCUUGAUCAUGCUGAUUGGGUGCGGCACCGCUGUUCCCUGGACGGUUGCUUUCAUCUUCAGCACCAACGAUCUCGACGCCAUCUCCAGUUCGGCCCUUCCAAUCUUCGAUGUAUUUCUCCAGGCGAUCAACUCUCGCUCCGCGGCGACCUUCUUUACCGUCUGGAUCAUUUUCAUCUACUAUGGUGCCUUGGUCAGCUGUUUCGUCACUUCCGGCCGACUGCUGUGGGCCUUUUCUCGAGAUAACGGUCUCCCCUACUCGACCUUCUUUGCUAAAGUUCAUCCAACAUUGGACGCUCCCGUCAACGCGACUGUCCUCGCAGGCAUCUUUAUUACCAUCUUUGGCCUCUUAUACAUCGCCUCGACAACAGCAUUCAACAGUAUUGUCGCACUGGCAAUCAUGUCAAGCAACAUUACUUGCACCAUCCCGCAGGCCAUUGUUCUUUUCCGUGGGCGACAUGUGUUAUCCCCGCGCUACUUCGAUCUAGGAAACAUAUUCGGACCUCUAAUUAACGGCUUUUCUCUGCUUUACGUCUCUUUGUUUUCCGUCCUGUUCUGUUUUCCAAUCUUCCUCCCGGUCAAGGUGGAUUCCAUGAACUAUGUCUCGGUCGUCUUCGUAGGAGCUCUGGUCUUCAUUGCCAUCCUGUGGUGGGGUGGAAAGAGGAAGACCUUCGUCGGUCCUGACGUGCAGAUCGAUGGCAUUGAGGUUCCUGCUUCCAUCAACAGAGGAGACUUGCAUGCGGCUCCGGCUGCCACGGGCUUACCAGCGAAGAGCUAG